AUGGCGGAAAAUUCGCGUAUCCGCCCCAUACGAAAGGAAGACCUCCCGGCUCUCAAGUCCAUCAUCGACGGGACUGAUCUAUUUCCUUCGGCGAUGCUAGACGAAAUGACCGACGGUUUCCUCAACAACGACGCAGAGGAUAUUUGGCUAGCUCGUCUAGGAGGAGAUGGCACCCCGGUUGGUUUGGUCUACGCCAAACCGGAACUGAUGACGGAAGGAACUUGGAACGCUUUGCUCCUGGCGGUUUGUCCCGACGUUCAGAGAUCUGGAUUCGGCCGCGAGCUCAUGGCGGGUUUGGAGAGCAUGCUGAAGGGGCGCGGCCACCGGCUGCUGAUCGUUGAAACGUCUGGAAAUGAAGACUACGCAGGGGCGCGAUCCUUGUAUGAAGGCGUUGGUUUUGAGGAGGAAGGUCGCAUCCGAGGCUUUUAUCAACCCGGCGAGGAUAAGGUCAUUUAUCGAAAGCAAAUACUGUAGAGGGUAGUGUACCAACAAAGAAGGGUGAUGGACGCGGAAGAAGAAGAAUGGGUAACGCAGUAGAGCGGGGUCGUUGCAAGGUGUUCACAGACGCCCGCUGGAGGAGUUGCAUUGGAAGGCGAUGUUGCACUGUGGCUAGUUCCGCCGUUCACGGGUGCUAUUUCAAUUCUUUCGACGGAGGUUUUCAUGGUGUCAAUUUAGAGUUGUACGUGGACACGGGCAGCGCAAGGUGUCAUUUCACCAGAUAUUGCUGGCAAUUAUUUUUCUAAAACGGUUAUCAAAUUAGCAGAUUAUCGCAGGCAACUUUCAUAGAAGUGGAUUGUUAUGGAAAUGCCUACGCAUCUCCCCUCUUAGUCCAUGUUCAGUACUACUGCUUAUGAAGACGAGUGACGUAUGUGUUAUCUGUGGUCGGUUGGAACGUAACGCAUGCGGAGGAACUAAAAGUUGUACGUAGCCUGUCUUUUGUUCUGUCGUUCGGUGCUCGACCUCACUCUUUGGGAUCUCUCUCUGUGAUCUAUCGGACUGUCUGGGUACCUCAGCUGUUCUUGCCGUACCUUGGAUGCUGCUGGCAUACUACCUGGACUGCAACCAACCGUCUGUCUGGUGUAUUUCGCUGUCUUGGCAACCGAAGCGCCGUGUUUAC